AUGUCUUCCUACGACAAGUCCCGGGCCUCCUCCGGGAAAGCCUCGUCAUUCUUCCACCGAUCUAGGAACAAGGCCGACAAGCGGAAUGCGGCCGAAGAAGGCCGCCAUCUCUCCGCCGACAACGAUACAGGUUCCGUGAAUUCGCGCCAUUCACGCCACCAACGAGACUCUUCUGUUAUAUCAUUAGACCGUCCUGGAUCCGCCGGGUCCGGCAUCAACACGACCGCCGGCAUCAUGACGACGAUUCCUUACGAUGCCGUUACCGCGGACCGAAACUCGCCAGUCCCUGUCGAUUACCUUCACAAAUCCGACCAGGCGGCCUCUCGACGGGAGCCGCUACCACACCAGCUAAACAAGGCGACGAGCGACUUCCACCAGUAUCCGACUUUCGACCCAUCGAGCGUGCGCCCCACCAGUCCCUAUCCCAGUAGCCCCUACCCCUCCGGGCCGCGCCCCGCCCCCGGCACAUCCAACAUCACAAUGGCCUCGACCGGUCGCCAGGCUCAGUACCAGCAGUGGGGGCCAGCGAGAGAGAGCAAUGUACCAGGGUCCCAUAAUUCCCGCUACAGCUCGUACACAACGUCCGGCGGUCGCAGUUCAGCCGACACCGCAAGCAUCAUGUCAGGUAAUGGAACGCCCUACUACAACCAAACCGCAGACAGGCGCUCAUCCAAAAUAGCACUACCUAGUGUCUCAUCUCAGUCUUCCUACCUAUCUCCCCACUCGCCCAGGGACAACCGCCUCACCAAGUUUCCCUCUGGGACUCAGACGAGCGAGGGAUUUUACUUCCCGAAACCAGAGGAUGAUAACGUCAUCGAGCAGAUGUUCGUGGCGCUCAUGCAAAAGCGCGGAUGGCACAACCUCCCGGACCAAGCGAAGCGCCAGAUGAUCGCCUACCCGCCGACCAAGAAAUGGACCCUGAUCUAUCAGGACCGCCUCACUGAGUGGCAGGGGGAGCAGAAGCGCAGGCAGACCGCUAAGAUUGGCCAGUACAGCAACGUCGACCUCACCCAGAUGCCCGACGAGGAGGGUAGCCCGGAGUGGUAUGUGCGCAAGGUCAUGGAGAACUCGCUCGACAGCAAGGGUUUCGGCAGUCUCGAGGUCAACCUGCGCACCCAGCAAAUUGGCUGGGUCAAACGCUUCAUCGAGUGCCAGGGCCAAGUAGCCUUGACCAAUGUACUCUUCAAGAUCAACCGCAAAACCGCCAUGGGACCGACACUGGAUUCGGCGACGGGGGACAAGAACCUGGACCGAGAGUACGAUAUCGCCAAGUGUCUAAAGGCCUUGAUGAACAACAAGUUCGGCGCAGACGAUGCCCUGGCUCACCAGCCGGUCCUCGUGGCCUUGGCCACGUCCCUGAUCUCGCCCCGGCUUACGACGAGGAAGCUUGUCAGCGAAGUCUUGACAUUCCUCUGCCACUGGUCCGAAGGCAAAGGGCACUUGAAGGUUAUCGAGGCCAUGGAUGUGGCCAAGAACCAGCAGGGCGAGAACGGCCGCUUUGACGCUUGGAUGCGCCUCGUCGAGGUCACCAUCGACGGCCGAGGGAAGAUGGGCAGUCUCGUGGGCGCGAGCGAGGAGGUGCGCAGCGGAGGUAUCGGCAUGGAGAACCUGUUGAUGGAAUACGUCGUGGCUACGCUCAUCUUGAUCAACAUGAUGAUCGAUGCCGCCGAGGGGGACCUGCAGAUGCGCGUCCACAUCAGGGCGCAGUUUACGGCCUGUGGUAUUAAGCGCAUGCUGCACAAGAUGGAGGGCUUCCAGUAUGAGUUGAUCGACAAACAGAUAGAGCGGUUCCGGCUCAACGAGGCCAUCGAUUACGAAGACAUGCUGGAGAAGGAGAACAGCAGCAUCAAGGACAACGUGGAAGGAGAGGUUAGAGACCUCAACGACCCGGUCCAAAUUGUGGAUGCGAUCCAGCAGCGGCUACAGGGAACCAAGACUCAAGACUACUUCAUCUCGGCUCUGCAGCAUCUUCUACUGAUCCGAGAGAAUGAUAGCGAGGAACGUCUCCGCAUGUUCCAGCUCGUCGAUUCGAUGCUGAGCUACGUGGCCAUGGACCGGCGCUUGCCAGAUAUGGAUCUCAAGCAAAGUCUCAACUUCACGGUCCAGAGCCUGCUCGACAAGCUGCAUACGGAUUCGGAAGCCCGCCAGGCUUUUGAUGAAGCUACCGAGACGCGCCAGUUUGCCGAGGCAGCGAUGGCAGAAAGGGAUGAGCUGAGGGAAAAGCUGGCAAUGGGCGCCGAUGGGCUGGUUGCCAAACUCCAGCAGCAAAUCGAUGAACAAGCGAGGUUCAUUGAUGCGCAGAGGAGGCAGACUGAAGGACUGAAGUCGGAGCUGGAGAAUCUCCAGACGCUCAGGGCGAAGGAAGCACAACGCUAUGAGCUCGAAACGCGUGAGCUGUAUCUCAUGCUCCGUGAUGCCCAGGACGUUGCAGCUUCCAAUGCGGCUAAAGGGGUCAAGCUGGGCGACGAGGAUCCCGCUCGUAUGCAGGGGAUUCUGGACCGUGAUAGGCUCAUGGAGCGCCUUCAAAUGCAGCUUGAACGCCAAAAGACCGUGUACAAGCUCGAAGGCAAGGUUUGGGGUGACGCCGUCGGCCCCUCAGACAAGCUGCGGGCACUGCGCGAGGAGAUGGAUGGCUAUGGAGACUCAGGGGCUGGUGCGCCACCUCGAGACUUUACCAACAGCAUGCUUGGGAGCGUCAAAAGAUCGACUCGCAUUCCAAGAAAGCCCGUCGGCGCUCGCGGGGAGCCGAUCGAGGGUGUCUUGGAAGAGAUUGAGGACGUUGCCGAGGAUGAGGAGGGUGUCGUUUACGAGAAGCCACGGGUGGUCGAGUUCAAGCGGCCUGUCAUGGACCCUAAGAAAGCCGCUGGCAUGUUUAAUGAGCUUCAAGGUAAGGUCAAGAGGUUCGAUGGCAGCGAUUCAGAGGACGGGGACGGCGUUACAACUGGUCCAUCUCACCCGAGCUUGGAAUCGCAAUCCCCGCUCACGCCCAGUGACAACGAGCCUCCCAAGAUCGAGGUCACCGACACCACUCCGACGGCGCCCGGUCCAUCAGCUUUCGGGGGGCCUCCACCUCCUCCGCCGCCGCCUCCUCCUCCUCAUGGCCUGAUACCUGGUGCGCCCCCGCCAGCAACCGGUUUCACCGGUCCUCCUCCCCCGCCCCCGCCUCCGAUGCCCGGCCAGAUUCCCGGCGCGCCUCUCCCACCCGGUUUUACUGGUCCUCCUCCACCACCACCUCCUCCGAUGCCCGGCCAGAUUCCCGGCGCGCCUCUCCCACCCGGGUUUACUGGUCCCCCUCCACCACCACCUCCUCCCCCUCCGCCCGGUGGCAAGGGCAUGCCUCCGCCUCCGCCGCCUCCGAUGCCCGGGGCGGGCGCAAUGUCAGGCCACUUUUUAUCCCGGCAAAACAACCUCACGCCUACGACAUCCCUCGGCCUGUCAGUUGUCCGGCCUAAAAAGAAACUCAAGGCUCUCCAUUGGGAGAAGGUCGACUCUCCGCUCACCACUCAUUGGGCCGCCCACACGCCUUCGGCAGAAGAGAGGGAAGAGAAGUACCUCGAGCUCAGCCGGAAGGGUAUUCUCGACGAGGUCGAAAAGCUUUUCAUGGCAAAGGAGAUCAAGCGAAUCGGCGCAGGGGCGUCCAAAAAGGACGACAAGAAGCAGAUUAUCUCGAACGAUCUGCGGAAAUCCUACGAAAUCGCCCUUGCCAAGUUCUCGCAGUUUUCUGUUGAGAGGGUGGUGCAAAUGAUUAUUCAUUGCGAUAACGAAGUGCUUGAUAACGUUGUGGUCAUGGACUUCCUGCAGAAAGACGACCUCUGCAACAUCCCAGACAAUACAUCCAAGCAACUGGCGCCGUACAGCAAGGACUGGACUGGCCCAGAAGCAAACAAGGAGAACAGAGAGCAGGAUCCAGCCGAGCUCACAAGGCAAGAUCAGAUCUACCUACAAACAGCGUUUGAGCUGCACCACUACUGGAAGAGCAGAAUGCGCGCUCUGUCAUUGACGCGCAGCUUCGAGCCUGAAUAUGACGAGAUCACAGAAAAGAUGCGCCAGAUUGUCAACGUAUCCGAGUCGCUCCGAGACUCGGUGUCUCUGAUGAACGUUCUCGGCCUCAUUUUGGAUAUCGGUAACUACAUGAACGACGCGAACAAGCAGGCCCGCGGCUUCAAGCUAUCGUCACUUGCCAGAUUGGCCAUGGUCAAGGACGACAAGAACCAAUCUACGCUGGCCGAUCUUGUCGAGCGCAUCGUCCGCAACCAGUACCCGGAGUGGGAGAACUUCACCGACGAUAUCUCGGGGGUUAUGACGGCACAAAAAAUCAACAUCGAGCAGGUACAAGCCGACGCCAAGAAAUACAUCGACAACAUCAACAACGUGCAAAAGGCCCUCGACUCCGGCAGUCUAUCGGACCCCAAGAAGUUCCACCCGCAGGACCGCGUGGCCCAGGUCGUCGGGCGCUGUAUGAAGGACGCGCGACGCAAGGCCGAGCAGAUGCAGGUCUACCUGGAGGAGAUGGUGCGCACCUACAACGAUAUCAUGACCUUCUACGGCGAGGACCCCGCCGACGAGAACGCGCGCCGCGAUUUCUUUGCCAAGCUAGCGUACUUCAUCUCCGAAUGGAGGAAAUCAUACGACAAGAACUCGCAGCUCGAGGAGCAGCGCCGGAAGAACGAAGCGUCCAUGAAGCGGAAGAACGCACUCAAGGCCGCGCAGGCCUCCACCGAGAGCAGCCUGGCCUCGCCAACCAGCACGGGCGCCAUGGACAGCCUGCUCGAGAAGCUCCGCGCGGCAGCGCCGCAGGCAAGAGACCAGCGCGACAGGCGCCGCCGCGCCCGCCUCAAGGACCGCCACCAAGUACGCGUCGCAUCCGGCGGCCAAGUCCCCGACAUCGCCCAGCUCGCCGCCCUCGACGCGAGCCUGCCCCCCAUCCAGAGCCCCGGCUCCGAGGCCACGGGCCCCGUCAACGACGACGACCUCACCAACACCCCCGGCUCCGACCUCCUCAGCCCCACCACGGGCCACCCCGCGGACGGCAGCAGCAGCGCAGCAGGCACGACAGCGGGCGGCGGCGGCGGCAGCGGCGGGAACGGGAACGGGAACGGGGUUGGCGAGGAGGACGACGUUGCGCAGCGCGCCGCGCUGCUGCUGCAGGGCAUGCGCUCGGGCGCCGACGGCGGCGACGACCCCGCCGACGCCGAGAAGCGCGAGAACCUGCGCCGCUCGCGCCGGCAGACCGCCGACGAGGAGCGCAAGAUGCGCAGGAGGCGCCGCGAGCUGGCCCAGUCGAGUGCUAGUAAUGGGGAUGGGGCGAGUUUGAGCCGUGAGGGUUCGGUUGUUGAUGGUCAUGGUGGGAGGGGGGACGAGGAGGUGCCGCCGACGCCGGGGCUGGAUGAGAUGGCGGCGGCGGCGGCGGCGGCGGGGGUGGAGGUGGAGGUGGAGGGGCAGGGGGUGAAUGGGGGUUGA